GUUCUUGAAUCCGGAAUGAUAUCUUAAAAUUCUCAACGGUGGUGGCAGAAGUGAGGACUCGGCACAAGGUGUUCCGCUUCACCCUUCAGACGGAUCAACAGCGCCUUAAUCGGUUGUAGUAACUGUUCCUUCAUGUUUGGUCACAUCUUCUGGCUGGAGUUUUCAGUCAUAAUCUUAAUUUUUGACCCGGCGACAUUUGCGGAACAAAAUCAUGAAGAUCAUGACCUAGAGACAGAAAGAACAGCGAACGCCACCAAUACUUUGAAUUUACUGUUAAAUAGCCAUGACAAGAGACUGAGACCAAAGUUUGGAGGAAGGCCAGUAACCGUCUACGUUGACUUAUACAUUGUUGAUAUUGGUGACAUUUCGGUGACCAAUAUGGAUUAUAGAAUGACAAUGUAUUUUCGUCAAACAUGGGAGGAUCCUCGGCUCAGAUUCAAUGGCACCUCUCAGAUUGUGGCUCAAGGAGACCUACUGGACAAAAUUUGGAUCCCAGACACUUAUUUUAAUAGUGAAAAGAGGUCAAAUUUCCACGAGAUCACUAAGAAAAAUUAUGUGUUGAUAUUUUGGCCCAAUGGAACAGUAUUCUUUAGUAUAAGGAUUUCAGUCACUGGUGUUUGUCGAAUGAAGCUACGCAAGUACCCCAUGGACAGUCAAAAGUGUGAACUGAACAUCGUCAGCUAUUCUUACUCAGAGGCUGAUGCCAUAUACACGUGGAAAAGGGGUCACGAGCAUUCAAUAGAACAAGCUCCUGAUAUCUCCCUCCCACAGAUGGAUUUAGUGAAAAUCCAAAGUUCGGAGACAACAGAUGUGUACUCCACAGGGAACUAUUCAAGACUUAGUUUGACGUUUACUUUUAAGAGGAGACUAAGUUUGUUUAUAACGGAGACGUACAUCCCAUCUAUUAUAAUUGUGGCCUUGUCCUGGAUAUCGUUUUGGAUAAACUACAAGGCAGCGCCUGCAAGAGUUGCGCUCUGUAUUACAACGGUCCUUACCAUGAUAACUCUUACCGCAGCAGUUCAGAAUUCUCUGCCUCGAGUAACUUACACAAAGUACAGUGAUUGGAUACUGAUGCUGUGUCUAGUGUAUGUAUUUGGCGCCCUGGUUGAAUUUGCCAUCAUCAACUUCCAUGAUAGCUUGGAGACGAGAAAGAAAGAUAAAUUGAACAGGAAACUUAGGAAUGUUGACGUGGAAAAAGGGAGUGACACAGGUGAUGGAGAAGGCGGUGAUCUCAAGACGAAAUACUUGCAGCGUCAACUGUCUUCUUUGCGGGAGAAAAUUAAGUUAUUUGGGGAGCAAGACGUCAAUGUACAAAGGAUUGACAGCCGCAGUAGAAUAUUGUUUCCAUUGACAUUUCUUAUGAUCAACCUAAUGCUUUGGAUUUACUUCGUUAUCGAUUCUGCCGAAGACUAAUGGUAAA